GAGGACGCAGGUCGUUCCCGUCCUGGGCUUCGAACAUGUUUUUGACUUCCAAACUUUUUUUUCCCGACCUUCCUCAACACGCGUUGCUUUACGACGCCCACCACGUCGCCGCUCGUCGCCGGCACCGUGUCCGAUGACGCUGGCAGGCCCAAUUCCCACACACAAUGGACGGUGAUCCCGCAGUCGAGUCCGGGCUCGACUCGUUCAGUUUGACCUUUCCCCUGCCUUACCGGGUCGCCUUUAUCAUCAUCUUGGCCGUCUGGGGAUGGGGCGUAAACCUCCACUUCCUCUACCGCCGCCGCAUCGACGUGCCGGCCCUGAUCCGCUAUCCCGGUCGCUCGAGCCCGGCGCAGAUAACGCAUCACCAGUCCACCUAUCGCCUCGCCUCCUUCCUCUCCCUGACCUCGGCCGCCUCUAUCCUUACCUUCUGGCUCUUCACCCGUCGUGAUCCCCGCCGCGUCAUCGACUACGACUGGCUGCCCAUGACCAACCUGCUCGUGGUCGCCGUUCUCUUCUGCGUCCCCCUCCGCCGAUUCUCUCUCCCGCACGCCGGCCGCGGCCGUCUACUACAAACGUUGCGCCGCAUCAGCGUCGGGGGCUUCGCCGAGGCCAAGGACGGCAAAUUCGGCGAUAUCAUACUGGCCGAUGUGCUGACGAGCUACGCCAAGGUCCUGGCCGACCUGUUCGUGUGCGUGUGCAUGUUCCUCUUCGGCGGCCGCGACGGCUCCGGCUCCGCAACCGCCCGCCCCGACCGCGGCUGCGGCGGUGCCGUGCUCGUGCCGCUCAUCAUGGCCCUGCCCAGCGCCAUCCGCCUGCGCCAGUGCCUGAUCGAGUUUGUGCGCGUGCGCCGCGCCCCCUACCGGGAAGCCACCGGCUGGGGCGGGCAGCACUUGGCCAACGCGGCCAAGUACUCGACCGCCUUUCCGGUGAUCGUGCUCGGGGCCAUGCUGCGAGCUCGCGAGGGCGGGUCCCCUGGCCUGUUCAGGGCGUGGGUCGCCGCUUCUCUGCUCAACUCGCUGUACAGUUUCUACUGGGACGUGGCCAAAGACUGGGACCUGACCCUCUUCUCGAAGGACCGCGACUUGCCCGAUCAUCCGUAUGGCCUGCGGAGGACGUUGCUGGUGCACCGCCCGGGCGUUUACUACGCAGUUAUCGUGAUGGACCUGGUGCUGCGGUGCACCUGGAUGAUCAAGCUUAGCCCGCGAAUGGACCAGUUCAGCGAUUUUGAGAGCUCCAUCUUCCUCAUCCAGUUCCUGGAGGUGUUUCGGCGUUGGGUGUGGAUAUUCUUCCGGGUUGAAACGGAGUGGAUCCGGACCUCGGUGACGAGCCUGGGCCACGAUGACAUGGUGUUGCUGGAUGAUUACCAGGGAAACAAGUACGAGGAUGAGGACUAAACGGCUGUUUCGGGGCGUUUUAGGAGACGGUUGUUUGGUUUUGCGUUUUGCAACUUGGAGAGGCCUAUCUGGAUAUUAUGUCCAUCUACG